AUGAGUGCAGGGGCUCAUGGCCGGGGCCGGUUUGGUGUGGUUGAACCUGUAGCGGCCUCUGCUUCAGUGCCCACCCUGGGCAGUUGUGAAAUCCCAGGCAGAGGCUGGUCCUGUCUGGUGCUGGCCAGGCCCAGCUGUCUGCCCUGUCAGGGGCGCCCUGCCUCCCUCCCUGGGGCAGCUGACAGAAGCCCCACCGUGGGCCAGGUCCCACAGUGGACACUGGCAGCCCUCCAGGGGAGGGGGUGCUGGGUGCCGGCGGCCCCGGCGUGGCCCAGGACUGUGAGCCUGGGAGAGCUGGCCCCUGACCCCCCACCCUGCCUAGGUGAGGCGGGCGCCAACAUUAUCGAGGUUUCCAAGGAGGCGCGCAAGCGGUUCUUGGGCCCGCUGCACCCUUCCUUCAACCUGGUGAAGACCAUCCGCGGCUGCCUGCUGAAGACGCUGCCCGCCGACAGCCACGAGCGGGCCAGCGGGCGGCUGGGCAUCUCCCUGACUCGCGUCUCGGACGGCGAGAACGUCAUCAUAUCGCACUUCAGCUCCAAGGAUGAGCUCAUCCAGGCCAACGUCUGCAGCACCUUCAUCCCGGUGUACUGCGGCCUCAUCCCGCCCACCCUUCAGGGGGUGCGCUACGUGGACGGCGGCAUCUCAGACAACCUGCCCCUCUACGAGCUCAGGAACACCAUCACGGUGUCCCCCUUCUCCGGAGAGAGCGACAUCUGCCCGCAGGACAGCUCCACCAGCAUCCACGAGCUGCGCGUGACCAACACCAGCAUCCAGUUCAACCUGCGCAACCUCUACCGCCUCUCCAAGGCGCUGUUCCCGCCGGAGCCCAUGGUGAGGCCGGCCGCCGGCCGCGGGGCCGCCGCGGAGGGCGCGGCGCUGCCGGCUCGCGAGGAUCACAUCCUGGAGCGCCUGCCCGCGCGGCUCAACGAGGCCCUGCUGGAAGCCUGCGUGGAGCCCAAGGACCUGCUGACCACGCUCUCCAACAUGCUGCCCGUGCGCCUGGCCACAGCCAUGAUGGUGCCCUACACACUGCCGCUGGAGAGCGCCGUGUCCUUCACCAUCCGCCUGCUGGAGUGGCUGCCUGACGUCCCCGAGGACAUCCGGUGGAUGAAGGAGCAGACCGGCAGCAUCUGCCAGUACCUGGUGAUGCGCGCCAAGAGGAAGCUGGGCAGCCACCUGCCCUCCAGGCUGUCGGAGCAGGUGGAGCUGCGUCGUGCCCAGUCGCUGCCUUCAGUGCCGCUGUCCUGUGCAGCCUGCAGUGAGGCGCUGCCCAGCUGGAUGCGCAACAGCCUCCUGCUCGGGGACGCGCUGGCCAAGUGGGAGGAGUGCCAGCGCCAGCUGCUGCUCGGCCUCUUCUGCACCAACGUGGCCUUCCCGCACCUGGUGAAGACCAUCCGCGGCUGCCUGCUGAAGACGCUGCCUGCCGACAGCCACGAGCGGGCCAGCGGGCGGCUGGGCAUCUCCCUGACUCAGCGCCCUCCCGGCGGCCUGUGCCUUCGCCGCUCCAAGCGGCGCCCUGCAGUGUUGCUGCCCUUGGGCCAGCUCUGCCCAGCGCUGCGGCCUCGAGUUUGCUGA